AAUCAGAAGCAUCUAGACUACUUCCAUUCGGGAAGGAAAUUAAUCGCCAAACAAGACUCAUUAAACAGCAUCUGCACGAUUUGACGACCGACUUUCGUUGCCUAUCCCGUUCCACGUCACGUCAAGCGCAAUACGGGCAUCAGUCGGCAUCAGUCUCUCCAGCAGCGACUUCGGAGGAAUAGACUUGCUCAACAAGAAUCUCCUUACCCAAUCCGCACAAAAAUGGCGGAUGUUGCUGAAGUCAAACUUGUCGACAAAGAGUCCCAAGGCAAUCAAACGGAAACUACAGCUCCAACUAAAUUGGCGACUGAGCCCACAGGAAAUCCAAAAGUCACGUUACCGGAACCGAAAAAGGGCCUGAAAAAGGGCCUGAAAAUGGGACUGAAAAUGGGCCUGAAAAUGAGUCUGAACAAGGGCACGAAAAAGACGGAUUUAGAUUCAGAAUCACAAGACGCUGGCAAAGAUGAUAAAUUGCUCGGCAAAGAGUGCUUGGAGAGUGACACCACAGAGGGAAAAGCGGAUGAAACUGAUGAUAAAGUCACUGAUGAAGUCGUAGAUGAAGUCACUGAGGUAAUUGAAGGUAAAGUGAAUGGUACAGUCAAAAGUAAAGAUAAAGUUAAAAUGAAAGUCAAGGAUGUCGAAGACACCAAAGUUGUCAAGAAAGCGGAUGGCAAAUCGACGUUCGCUGGAGCCAUUGGAGGCCUUUUUGGCAAGAAAGUCGCAGCGGCUGCAGAGGAAGCGGUUUGUGAUCUGAACAAGGCCAUUGAAACAAACGGAGAAGAUCUGCCUGACAUUGGUGAAAUGAGCAAAUAUCCAACUAACGUUGAAGUUUGCUUCGACGAACGACGAGUCUCGAGUGUCGUAAAUGAAGGACUGGCAGGAGUCGCUGGUUGCCAUCAGACGGCACAAAAAUCAGAAAAAGAAGCAAAAAUCACGUUACCAGAACCGAAAAAGAGUCGGAAAAUGAGUCUAAAAAGGAGCAAGAAAAAGCCGGAUUUGGAUUCGAACCCCCAAGAUGCACUGGCAACAUUAACUCAAAUUGUUGGUAUGACAAACGAAUUGGCCAAACAGGGCUUGGAGGAUGGCAGCAACACGGUACAACCAGAAGAAGCACCUGGCAAAGUCACUGAUGGAGACACUGAAGAAGAAACAGAUGUAGUUAAAGAUGUAGUUAAAAGCAAAGCCAAAAGUAAAGUUAAUCGUCAAACUAAAAACAAAGGCAAAGUUGGCAAGAAGAGACAAAGCAAAAAAGUUCGAACGGCGGUCGUUUCCGUGAGUAAAGCUGUCGGAGGUAUUAUUGGCGGGCAAAUCGGAUCGGCUGCAGUUGGUGCCAUUGUCGGAGCCGUUUACGACGUGGGCAUGGCCAUUGCCACACGCGGAGAUGAGAUGAACGGCAUUUGUGGAAUAAUCAAAGAUCCAACGAACGUGGAUUCCUGGAUCAAAGCAGCAUCAGGUGAAUCGGAAAGCGAACCAUCGACUGAGUCAGAAGAAGAACAACUCAACUCAGAUCAAAAAGAGUGGACGCCAAAACUGAGAGCGAGUCUCAAAUCAAGUAAGAGCAAGUCGAUGGAAGUCGUUUCAACCCCGGCAGAGCAAGACCUUGUGCGCAUCUACGACAUUUCCACGCAGAAAAUGAGGAAGGUCCUGAAAGAGGCCGGAAUCGCUCUGCCGGAUUAUAAACGCGGCCGAUCAGCGUCUGGCCUCGUUAAAGAAUUGCAGCGACUGAUAGAAACGACCCAGAACGGGUCGUUCACUUUGCCUUCCUAUUUCAAACUGUACGACAGUCUGCACGAACUGGUGACCGUCCAUAGAGCAGAGUUCCAAAUGACAAGCCCAUCGACCAUCACGCUCGCCGUCGAUUCGGAAUCCGUUUGCUUCGACGACAACUUGAAGCGCUUCAUAGCUAAACUUCUUCUGCCCGUUCACGCGGCCCACAAAGUCCCGGAAAUGAAUUCGUCUACGUCGGCCAAUCGAAGAAUUUCAAGCCUCGGUUCGAAACCCACACGGGACAGAUGUUGCGCGAUUGGGUAA